GAGAGUUAUAAAUAUCAGAAACAAACAUACUGAUUAUAAUCACAUUGUCCUACAUAUAUUUUUAUAAAACAAUAAAAACAAACCGAGAAACAGAGAGAGAGAGAUGAGAGAGAGAGAGGGGAGAGAGAUGGAGAGAGCGAUGGAAGAGGCGAAGUCUUUGGCACAGCAACAACAACUCAUGUUACAACAUCACCUUGAUCAACAGCAACAACAUCAUCUCCAACGGCACCAACACCAACAAAUGCUAUUUCUACAGCACCAAAUUCAACAGCAACAACAUUUUCAACAACAGCAAGCCGCGGCUUUCUCGCGCUUCCCUGCUAAUCAUCCAGGAUCAUCAUUUCGCAGUCCUCUACAACCACAAUCUCAACAGAUUCCCCUGAUCAACCCUAACCCUAGCUCCAAUCCGCUCCUCAUUUCCAAUCUCCCGCAAAACCCUAACCCUAAUCUCAUUCCCAAUUCUCCUCCUCCUGCUGCUGCUUCUUCUGCUGUUCCGAAGGUUAAUCGCAACACGGCGGAGAUUCAAAUGGCGUAUCAGGAUCUCUGGAAGGUCUGCCACCCUGAUUACAACACCCCCUUUUCGUCCCUCGAAGACGCCUGCGAGAGGUUACUACCAUACCAUGUGGUGGCAGACUAUGAAACAGAGGAGGAAGAAAGAAUUCUUGAUUCUGAUACUACAGGCCAGGUGAUCUCCCGUGCCCAGCAAUGGAAUAACAAUAUUGCUGCCAAAGUUGCAGAAUUUGCUGAGACCUUUGGGAAACAGGUGGCUGCCUUUAACAUAAUCAAUCGCAAACGCGCUAUUGGGGAAUUUCGACUAGAAGAAAGGUUGUUGAUUGAGAAGCUUUUAUUGCAAGAAGAAAAAGAAUCUCUGGUUGAGCUGAGGGAGCAGCUGGAGUCGAGACAAAAUGCAGGCCGUGAGGCUAAUCUAAGAAUGGCAGCUAUGGUUCAUGCUGAGUCACAAGCUCGUGCUGAGUCACAAGCUCAUGCAGAAAUGAUGGCUCGAGGUCCAAUCAGACCAAAUGCACUGGGAUCUCAAGGGAGUAAUAUUCAGAUUGGUCAUGACUUUGCUAUCUCAGAGCAACAAGCUAACCCAGGACAGAUGAUUAGUGGAUGGGGAAACAAUGCUCAAAGAGACGAAAAUGAACCUACUGAAGAUUUUCUGAAUGAUGAGGAAACAGGAAAUGGAGGUGCUGGUAUGGGAGAGUUUGAUCUGAACACCACAUGAGAAUUGCUAAUUUUACCGAAAAUUUACCAUCUCAGUUGAAUAGAAACAAACAUGGUAGCCGAAACUUAAACUCUUUAGCUUUAGUCUGAAGUAUAUUCGUACUCUCUCCUUUGUUCUUGGCAAAUUGAUACCCAUAGAAGCAACUUUAAAGAAGACAUAAUAAGUAAUUUCUGUCAUAGAAGCAGGAAUAGCAGUACUUUUUUGUUAUAUUUUCUGGAUACAAAAUACAAAGAUGUUCAGUUAGACCAAAUGCGGAAUUCGUUUUGGUAUAUGGCAUUUGUUAAA